AUGCGGGCAAGUGAUCUACAUGCAAUGUCGAAACAUUAUCGAAUCAGGUGCAUGCGAACGGGGGAAGCUUUUCUCUCUCUUUCUGACAAUAUCUAUCUAUCUAUCUAUCUAUCUAUCUAUCUAUCUAUCUAUCUCUUUCUGACGAUAUCUAUCUAUCUAUCUGUUAUGGUCCGGUUCCUUGUACCACGGUCCCAUAACACUAUCUAUCUAUCUAUCUAUCUAUCUAUCUAUCUAUCUCUUUCCGAUUAUAUCUAUCUAUCUAUGUUAAUCUGUGCAUAUGUAUCUAUCUCAGUCUGUCUAUAUCUAUCUACCUUAGCUCCUAUCUACGUAUCUAUCUAUGCCUCUAUCUGUCCAUAUAUAAAGCUCUUUUACUAUCUAUAUAUCUAUCUAUCUCAUUCUUUUGAUAUCUAUUUAUCUAUCUAUCUAUCUAACUAUCUAUCUAUUUAUCUAUCUAUGUCAGUUUUUUCAUAUCUAUCUAUCUAUUUAUCUAUCUAUCUAUCUCAGUCUGUUCAAAUCUAUCUAUCUAUCCAUCUAUCUAUCUAUCUAUCUGGUUAUUUAUCUUCUAUCUCAUCUAUUAUCUAUCUAUCUAUCUCAUCUAUUUAUCUAUCUAUCUAUCUAGUCUGUUCUAUCUAUCUAUCUAUCUAUAUAUCUAUCUCAGUCUGUUUAUAUCUAUCUAUCUAUCUAUCUAUCUAUCUAUCUAUCUCAGUCUGUUCAUAUCUAUCUAUCUAUCUAUCUAUCUAUCUCAGUCUGUUUAUAUCUAUCUAUCUAUCUAUCUAUCUAUCUAUCUAUCUACCUAUGUCAGUCUUUUCAAAUCUAUCUAUCUAUCUAUGUCAGUCUUUUCAUAUCUUUCGAGUUUCUAUCUAUCUAUCAGUGCGAAUUUCUAUCUAUCUAUCUAUCUAUCUAUCUAUCUAUCUAUCUAUCUAUCUAUCUAUCUAUCUAUCAGUGCUUGUUUCUAUCUAUCUAUCUAUCUAUCUAUCUAUCUAUCUAUCAGUUCGAGUUUCUAUCUAUCAGUGCGAAUUUCUUUCUUUCUAUCUAUCUAUCUAUCUAUCUAUCUAUCUAUCUAUCUAUCUAUCUAACAGUGCGUGUUUCUAUCUAUCUAUCCGUUUUUUUUUUGUUUCCAUCGAAUUUUCGUCCCUGCUUAGACUCAUUUCCCUUUUUAUUUCCAAAUAUAUUUCUUUUUUUUUUUCUAUUACGUCUACGUCACCACACACACACACACACACACACCAUCUCUCUCUGUCUACCUCUCUCUCUAUCUGCCUCUCUCUCUAUCUGCCCUCUCUCUCUCUAUCUAUCUAUCUAUCUAUCUAUCUGUCUGCCUCUAUCUGUUCCGCUCCAAGGUAUUUGUCCGUUCCUCGCACCGACCAAUCUUUCACACUGCCCACACCAACGGCAUGUCUUGGAGAGCUGCAACCACUUGCCCCCUUGGGCAAGCGAACUUCGGAUUGCCUGCCAAGCAGACCUCGGGCAAACUUACCCUGGUUCUCUCUCUCUCUCUCUCUCUCUCUCUCUCUCUCUCUUCCCUUCUCCGCAGGCUUUGAAUUCAGAGUUCUCCUAUAUCAAAGUGUAGUAUCUGUUCCCAUCAGCUUAAUACUGAUUCUCUCUCUCCUCUCUCUCUCUCUCUCUCCUUUCUUUCUCCUCUCUCCUCUCUCCUCUCUCUCUCUCCUCUCACUCUCUCUCUAUUUCCAAUUCUAUUUUCCCUUCUUUCUUUCAGUUUCUCACUGA